AUGGCAUGGAAAUUUCGUGGAAACACAGAAUUCGACUUGAACGCUGGCCGUAAUGCAUUUCGCUCGAACGGAAGCUUCGAUGAUUGGGAGAAUGCUGAUGGUGAAACGAUAAUGCGCAGAAAUUCUGCCAUGCGUUCAUUUACCGAAUCGGUAGAUUCCGAUUUACCGCCUGCCCCUGAGCUGCCCCCAUCGUUGAACAUUGAUCUGCAGUAUCCUGAAGAAACGAUGAAAAAGAGUGAAACUUCAGAAACUAUCAUCGAGAGGAAACCGGCACAAUCAAUCCACGAAGUAAUUAGUGGCACUCAGAAAUAUCCAAUGAUGGUACCUGGCCCUGGUCACGUGGAUGCAGAGCGCGAGCUGCACGCCAGCUUGCUUCAUCAGGAAGACGAAGGAUCGGAAAGUGAUGUUGAAAUUAGUGCUUUUGAUGUGAAACAGACGACGGCUGAUAACAUGCCCGAAGAAGAAACAAUUUUUCAGCCGAGAGCAGCAAAAUCACGUGAUCCAGAACAUGAAGCGUUGCGACGUGGUUAUUCGGUAUCAGCUCUGGGACGACCGCGACCAACCACUCCAACGUCUUGGUGUGCUAUUGAGAAUUACGUGGAAGGCUCAUUGGAUCUUGGUGACCAAACACCAACUACUACCACUUCGCAGAAGAAAAUUCGUGCACGUCGGUCGGCUUCCGGUCGAACGACACCGCUAAAUGAUUAUGAUGGCGAUAUUUUGGAGGAAGAUCCGCGGUACAAAAAAGUAGCGCCACCUAAGCCAGUCAUCCACCGACGCGCAUCCACUGACUGGGAAAGCUUCAUGGAUACAAGUAAUAUAUUUGUACAUUAG